CACAGCCAUUGCACUAAUUUCAUAUCGAUUUAUGUUUUUAUGCUUUGGUAAGCCAGAUUGUAACUUUCGCCAAACUGGUGUCUAAAAGAGCCGCAUGCCAAGGACCUAACUCCGAAAAUACUAAUGUUAAUCGCCUCGUGUAUUCCAUAAUCACGGGUCUUGUAUUUACCCCUUUAAUCUAACUUAGCCGGGUAGUGCUAGAACGGGGCGAGCAUGAGCAAGGCGCUCCAUCGAGUGCUCGUCACGUUCGGCACUGCCGCGGACGGGAGGCUGGGCCUGGGCUUUCCGUUAGCCAGUCAGCUGAUUCCUCGCAUCGUUCCAACGCUCGCUGGCUACUCCGUGAAGCAGGUCUCUUGCGGAGGCGCGCACACAGCCGUGGUGACAGAUGACGGCACGUUGUUCACAUUCGGAAUUAACGAGUGGGGGCAGCUGGGGCACAGCAACCGGGACAAGUUCGUGGCGGCUCCCAUCGAGGUGGGUCUGCCCGACCCGGUGAAGGCGGUGGCGGCGGGCGGCCACCACACCCUGGCGCUGACCACUGCGGGUGAGGUGUGGUCCUGGGGUAUGGCAGGCGAGGGGCAGCUGGGGCUGGGGCAGCCGCAGGAGAUGCGGCAGGUGGAGCCGCGGCUGAUCAAGACACUGCAGGGUGCGGGAGUGGUAGCGCUAGCAGCAGGCGACCACCACUCCCUCGCUCUCACCUCCUGCGGCCAGGUCUUCUCCUGGGGCCGGGGGGAGCACGGAGCACUAGGCCACGGAACCGUACACGGUUACGUGGGCGUGGAGCUCACCCCAAAACGCAUCCGCGCGCUGCCGGACCCAGUGACCCACGGGUCACAGCCCCGCAUCACCUCCAUUACCGCGGGUCCCUUCAACUCGGGGGCGGUGGAUUCCUCGGGUGCUGCCUACGUGUGGGGGCACGGUAACGGCUACCAGCUGGGAACGGGCCGAGCGGAACACGAGCUGCAGCCCCGCAGGCUCUCCACCCUGCCAGGCGGCGUCCGCUCGCUCUCCCUCGGUCAAAACCACUCACUCGCCGUCGUCGGCGACGGCUGCCUCGUCGCAUUCGGCACCGACGACAGCGGCUCACUGGGCGCCGGCGCCGCCUCGUUGCAACAGCGCGCCGCUCGCCAACCGAUACGAGUCGCCGGGCUGCCACUCGCUCGCGCCGCCGCCGCCGGCUGGCGCCACUCACUCGCACUGAGUGAGGACGGCCGGAUUUUCGCAUGGGGCUGGUCGGGCGCCGCGGGCAUGGGGGUGUAUGCGGACUACGGGGGUGGUCAGUUGGGACUGGGGGACGAUGAGGACCGGUGGGUGCCCGAGCAGUUGAUGCGGAUACACACCAGCAAGCACCGGUUUUAUGACCUGCGGAUGAGCUAUUUGAAGCCUUGGCGGGCGUUACAGGUGGCGGCGGGCAGGAACCAUUCGGCAGCGGUGGUGGAGACGGAGCUGGAUGUGCGGGACCUGGUGGAUGGGUGAGAGCAGGGUGGUGGUGGAUGGGAUAGGGAGGUAAUGACGACUAAGAGC